GCAGCUGUCUAGCGCCCGUCUCAUACCAGUGCUCAAUAGAGCCGGGGCGCACCGUGAGAAAGAGCUCGCAGUGCAAACUUUGAAAGGGCCAAAACACUGGAGGGCACGAAGCGAGAGCAAUCAACUGCUCCACGGUCGUGGUCCAAGGGAUUUCCACGAUAUAUAAGAACAGAUACACGAGGAAUGUGGGAUUCUGAAGCGAGUCAAUGUCGAUACACGCGCCCUUUACAGACACCAUGACAACAAACUUAAACUUUACUUCACUUCUCAAUGUUUCUGAAAUACAAAACCACACCAGGGGCUGUUCGCUCACAAAGACUGGCUUUCAGUUUUAUUACCUGCCGACUGUUUACAUCAUGGUGUUCAUUACUGGAUUGAUAGGAAAUAGUCUGGCGAUUUGGAUGUUCGUGUUUCACAUGAAGCCGUGGAGCAGCAUCUCUGUAUACAUGUUCAACCUGGCGCUCGCCGAUUUCUUCUAUGUACUGUCUCUCCCCUUUCUGAUUUUUUACUAUUUCAACAAAACGGACUGGAUAUUUGGGGAUGUUUUGUGCAGGCUUCAGCGCUUCAUUUUCCACGUAAAUUUGUACGGAAGCAUCUUGUUCCUGACGUGUAUCAGCGUGCACAGGUACACGGGGGUGGUGCACCCGCUCAAAUCUCUUGGCCGGUUAAAGAAAAAGAACGCUAUCUACACCAGCGCGCUGGUGUGGUUCAUCGUGGUGGUGGGAAUCUCGCCAAUCCUGUACUAUUCCCGAACCGGGUCCAAGAAAAACGCCACCACCUGCUACGACACUACCACCGAGGAUGAGUUGCAAGGGUACUUUAUCUACAGUAUGUGCACGACGGUGUUUGGAUUCUGCAUCCCUUUCAUCAUUAUCCUCGGCUGCUAUGGAUUAAUAGUCAAAGCUCUAAUAUACAAUGACAUGAACAAUGCUCCUCUAAGGAGGAAGUCCAUUCACCUUGUGAUAAUAGUGUUGGCGGUGUUCGCCGUUUCAUAUUUACCUUUCCACGUGAUGAAGAACCUCAACAUGCGAGCCAGGCUGUACUUUCAGAGUCCGGACAUGUGUGACUUCAAUGACAAGGUGUAUGCCACCUAUCAGGUGACUCGAGGACUGGCAAGCCUCAACAGCUGCGUGGAUCCCAUUCUGUACUUUUUAGCUGGGGACACAUUCAGACGAAGGCUGUCCAGAGCCACAAAAAAAAACACCAGGAAGGGCGAAAAUGCCCUCCAGUCCAAAAGUGAAGAGACCGCGCUCAACAGUUUACCAGAGUACAAAGAAAAUGGAGACACACGUCUCUGAGUAUGCUGUCAGUUGGGCUCCAAACACAGUUCUGCGAUGGGCAUAUAAAUUGAGCCAGAUGCCCUGUCAACGGCAUCCGUUACUGCCGCUGCACUGAUGUCUGAGGGGUGGGUGGUGCAUACAAGUUUAAACAUUUCAAACGAUCUGAACUGGUGUGAUAAUAUGCCUAAAUUGCUAUCUUGUAAACACCCCCUCUACUCUCAAAAUAUGCCAAGUUACUGUAUCAUACUGAUUUUCAUAAACAGGUUCAGCUUGUUUUCAACUCUCUUCCCACCGACUGUUGAUACAUGGAAGAAUUUUUUUUACUGUAGCCAGUUAUCAAGAACAGAGCUGUAGCAGGUAUAUCUUUUGAAAAUCAUUUUGACUAGCACCCAAAUUUAAACGUAUAUAAAGAUGCAAGGGAAGAAUAUACACUUGAGCCAAACAAUUAACGCUUAAUCAAUAACUAUUAAAGUUUAUUGGUCAAUCAGUUUAACAAGAUUGCUGUGUGAUCAUGGAUCAUGCAGACAAAACACUAAUUUACUUAGGCGCCAUUUGCCAUAAUUCAAAUAUUGAUCUGUUCUUUUGAUGGCUUAUCUAUUGAUACGCCUUACAGAAAAAA